AUGGCAGUCCGCCUGUGCUUGUCGACGGUAUCGGGCGUUGAGGGCGGCGGCGCAAGCGGGUCUGGCGCAUCUAUCGCCACGAGCCUCGCGACCGCGGUCGUGGCACACCUGGCGGCGGCUCUCGAGGCCGUCUCUACGGCGCUCGACGCCGUGUCGCCGGCGGCCGCAACUCUGCCGCCGUCGCUCCGCCGGCUCAACCGAGUAUCGGGCGUUGAGGGCGGCGGCGCAAAGCGGGCUCGGGGAGGCGUGGCCCUCCCUGUCGAAGGGCGCUGGGUGGCGGUCGCGCGCGACGACGACGCGAGCGACGACAGCAGCAAGGAGCUCGAUAGUCCCAAGACUCGGGCGGCCAAGGAGCUCCAGGCAAGGAUGGCGCGGCUGACGGAGGAGCAGGAGGCCAAGAGGAGGGAGGCAAAGAUGAGCGAGCCGAGUGGGCUGCUGCGCUCGGAGCGGAUGUGCAUGGUGCAGCUGAUCGUGCAGCACGACGCCGCCCAGCACACCGUCGAGGAGCUCGGCGCCCUCGGCUCGCUCAUGUUCAUCGACCUCAACGAGGGCGUCACCGCCUUCCGCCGCACGUUCCUCCCCGAGCUGCGCCGGUGCGACGAGGCGGACCGGGCGCUGCGGUUCAUCGGCGACCAGCUGGCCGCGGUGGGCAGUUCCCCGCCGCGCGCCUCGUGGCGCUCCGAGCUCCGCGUCUCUCUGCCGGAGCUCGUGAGCGAGCUGGAGGACGCGGUCAAGGAG